AUGUCCAAGCCAAUACUCACUUAUUUCAGCUCGAGAGGGAAAUCAGAGUUGAUUAGAAUUAUUCUUGCUGAUUGUGGAGUUGAUUAUGAUGAAGUCAAUGUUGGAGUUUGGCAUCCAACUGAAAAAUCCGAUGCUUUUAAACAACUUGUAGAAAGUAAAACUCUUGCUUUUGACUCACUUCCAAGUUAUCAAGAUGAUCAAAUCUUACUUGUCCAAUCAUCUUCAAUUGUUAGAUAUUUGGGUAAGAAAUUUGGAUUGGCUGGUAAAGAUCUCGUUGAGGAAAGUCUCAUUGAUCAAUAUUAUGAAGGAAUUUUGGAUUUGAAUGUUUUAUUGAGAUCGGCCUUUACUGCCUCAUAUCCAGUUUCUUCUGAAAUCACCAAUGAAAGUAUCGAGCAAAAGAUUCAAAUCAUUUUGAAGGAGAAAUUACCAAAAUUAUUGCAAUUCUUUGAAAGAGCAUUGGAAGGUGGAAAGGAAUAUCUU